AUGAAGCGCGACAAGAAGGACGAAGAAACCGGCGGCAACAUCUACGCCCACCUCGACAAAACCCAAGUCCUUCAGGAGACCCGCGUCUUCAACGAGACCCCGAUCGCCGUCCUCAAAUCCCGACUCGUCUUGACCAAGUUGCUCUAUCUCUGCUUGCAGGGCGAGUCCAUUGGGCGAAAUGAAGCCACCCAGGCCUUCUUCGCCAUCACGAAGCUGUGGCAAUCCAAGGACCCUACAAUUCGCCGACUCAUCUAUCUCUCGAUCAAGGAGCUGUCAACCGCCUCUGAUGAUGUCAUCAUUGCUACGCAGAGUUUGAUGAAGGACAUGACCGGGAAAGAAGACCUGUACCGCGCGGGAGCCAUUCGCGCUCUGUGCAAGAUCACCGACUCUGGAAUGCUGCAGACGAUCGAGCGCUAUAUGAAGCAGGCUAUUGUCGAUCGAAACGGCUCGGUCUCGUCGGCCGCCCUCGUCUCCUCGACUCAUCUGAUGCGCCAGAGCGCUGAGAUCGUACGCCGAUGGGCCAACGAGGUGCAAGAAGCCGUCUCGUCUGACAAUCAAAUGGUCCAAUACCACGCGCUUGGCCUGCUUUACAAGAUUCGCAGCAACGAUCGAUUGGCCGUCAACAAGCUCGUCCAAAAGUUUGCGAAGUCCGGCAUGCGCUCCCCGUACGCCGUGUGCUACUUGAUCCGCAUCGCUGCUAAGCUACUCGAAGAAGAUGAUCAAGCUGACUCGGCCCUCUUCCAAUUCAUCGACUCGUGCCUCCGCCACAAGAGCGAGAUGGUCGUCUACGAGGCGGCGUCGGCCAUUGUUUCGCUGCGCAACACCACGCCGAAGGAGCUGGCCCCUGCUAUCUCCGUGUUGCAACUCUUCUGCUCGUCGCCAAAGUCGUCGCUUCGUUUCGCGGCUGUGCGCACGCUGAACAAGGUGUCCAGCAAGCACCCACAGGCCGUCACGUCUUGCAACGUUGAUCUCGAGAAAUUGAUUACGGAUCAAAAUAGGUCAAUCGCUACCCUGGCUAUCACCACGCUUCUCAAGACGGGCGCCGAAAGCUCGGUCGAGCGUCUGAUGAAGCAAAUCAGCGGUUUCGUCUCCGAGAUCUCCGACGAGUUCAAGAUUGUUGUCGUCGAGGCCAUCCGAUCUCUUAUCGCUCGCUACCCACGCAAGCACGCCGUGAUGAUGCCUUUCCUGACGAAUAUGCUGCGCAACGAUGGAGGAUACGAAUACAAGAAGGCUAUCGUCGAGACGGUGAUUGCCAUUGUCGAGGAAAAUCCAGACGCACGCACUGCCGGCCUUGCCCAGCUCUGCGAAUUCAUCGAAGAUUGCGAGCACCCGCAGUUGGCCACCCGUGUUCUGCAUCUGAUUGGCCGUGAGGCGCCGAAGACGCCGAACCCGCAGUCGUACAUCCGCUUCAUCUACAACCGCGUCAUCCUGGAGUGCACCCAGGUUCGUGCGGCAGCUGUCACCGCCCUCGCCAAGUUCGGCGCCCAAGUUGUUGAGCUGCGUCCAGCUGUGGAGAUUCUUCUGCGUCGUUGCCUCCUUGAUACCGAUGAUGAGGUGCGCGAUCGGGCCACAUUCUACCUCUACAUGCUCAAGCAGAGCGCCCAGAUCAUCAACAACUUUGUGCUCGACCAGCUGCAGGUUUCUCCGACCGGCCUUGAGAAGCAGCUCGAGAAAUACGUGGACGAGAAGAAAUAUGACAAGCCGUUUGAUCUGAAGACGGUGCCUGUGGCUGCUCAACCAAUCACACAUACCGAGAAGCCGAAACCGAAGCUCAUCGAGGAUCUCGAUCUGCCGAAAGCGCCGAAGAAGCCUGAACACGCCGAGCGCCUUGCUGCUCUGCCACAACUUCGCGAGCUCGGUCCGCUCUUCCACUCAUCCUCGUCGAUCCCGCUGAACGACUCGGUCUCCGAAUACACCGUCCAGUUGAUCAAGCACACUUUUACCAACCAUGUCGUCUUGCAGUUCGAUUGCCGCAACACCGUCGAGGACCAACGUCUCGAGGAGCUGAAGGUGGUGCUCGAGGAGCAGAGCGACGAGCAGGAAUGGAGGAUCGUCAACCAGAUUGACAUCGACGCGCUGCCGUACGGGGAUGCGCAGAGCGCCUACAUUGUCCUCGAAUACCCGGAUUCUGGUGCCGUCGUCGGCCAAUUCGAGUGCUCCCUCAACUUCAAGGUCAAGGACGUCGACCCGAAGACGGGCGAGCCCGAGUCCGACGACACCUACGAUGAUCAAUAUGUGCUGGAGGAGGUCGAGAUUGCCGUCUCGGACUCGGUGCAACCGAUUUCCCGCACAAACUUCAAGGCCGGAUGGGAGAAGCUGGAAGGCGCUGCUGAGACCGACCAAACGUUUGCCCUCUCCUCCGUCAGCAGCCUGCAGGAUGCGGUCAAGAAGGUCUCGGACCUGCUGGGCGUGUCGGCCUGUGAGCGGACGGAUCUGGUGCCCGAGGGCAAGACGAACCACGUUGCCCUGCUUGCCGGCGUGUUCCGCGGUGGCCACGAGGUGCUCGUCAAGGCCAAGGCCGCCAUUGACCCCACUGACGGCACGAUCAACAUGAACAUUGUGAUCCGGUCUGAUGAUGAGGGAGUCGCCGAUGUUUUGGGAAGUGCCCUCGGU